AACAAAGUGUCUUUUUAACCAUUCAUUUUUUCCAUUCCUUUGUUUCUCAUCACUCUCUUCAAAAAAAAAUCUUUUCAUGUUCCAACGAUGCGUGUAAUCCCGUUUCUCCGUUUCCGUUUGACGCCUCAUCGUGCCAUCGACCAAAAUCUCUUCGUCCCGAAGCAUGAACCAGCAACCGAGGAACAAAUAAAAUCCCUUCAAGACUUUCUGAUCGACAAACCGAACACUUUAGUGCUAACUGGCGCCGGAAUUUCAACCGAAUCCGGAAUUCCUGAUUAUCGCAGUGACGGCGUCGGACUUUAUGCUCGCAGCAAUCACAAACCCGUGCAACAUCAAGAGUUUCUGAAAAGUGCGGAUAUCCGGAAAAGGUAUUGGGCUCGAAAUUUCAUCGGAUGGGAAAGUUUCAGUCGGAAGGAACCGAAUGCAACGCAUUAUGCUUUGGCGAGAUUUGAACGCGAAGCACGAAUUAGCGGCAUUGUGACGCAAAAUGUCGAUCGUUUGCACACAAAAGCCGGCUCAAAAAACGUCACGGAGCUCCAUGGCAGCGGAUACGAGGUUGGAUGUCUCAGUUGCUCGUACGAAAUCGAUCGUCAUGAAUUUCAGGUGAUUCUGAAGCAAAGAAAUCCCGACGUCAGUACACCCGAAAUUAUGGCGAACAUGGUUCGACCCGAUGGCGAUGUCGAUUUGCCGCAAGAAAUAAUCGAUAAUUUUCACGUGCCGCCCUGCCCGAGUUGCAAAAAUGGAUUUUUGAAGCCAAAAAUUGUCUUUUUCGGCGAUAACGUGCCUUCCGACAGGAUUUUGAAGUUAAUUCAACUUAUCACGACGAGCGAUGCCGUUUUGGUGCUGGGAUCAAGUCUCUCCGUUUACAGCGGAUUUCGUAUCGUGCUGCAGGCGAAAGAGCUGGGAAUUCCCGUGGCAAUGGUCAAUAUCGGAACAACGCGUGGCGAUAAACAUGCCGAUGUCAGAAUUCAUGCAAAAUGCGGAGACGUGAUUCCGCAUCUUUUUAAAUUUAAAUAAUUUUUUUUAUUUUUUAGUUUUUGAACAAAAAAUUUUUAUUUAAGGAAAAAAUCAAGAAAAAAA